UAAAAAGCGGAAGUCGAUUCAGAAUAAACCGUACUCUUCUUGCUUCAUUUCCAAUCCACCGAUAUACAAAUCUCUCUCAAAUUUCCCAAAUCUUAUUAUCAAACUCAAUCGUCCCACUCUUCAAAUCUUUCGAUCUCUUAGUUUCUACCCAAAUCUCUGGUUCUUGAGAAGACAGUUUUAUUUUCUGAUUCUCGCUCAUGGCUGGCCGUUACGAUUCUAAUCCUUUCGAUGAAGAAGAAGUGAACCCUUUCGCUGGCCAAGCAGGUCAAGGGAAAAAGGCAGGUCAAUCAAACUAUGGUGGAGGUGCAUUUUAUAUGACAAAUCCUGCAAGUGUUCCCCCUGCAACCUCAAGGCUUUCACCCCUAUCUCCUGAACCUGCUGACUAUAAUCGAGGUGCCACAGUUGAUAUUCCUCUUGAUAAUGCAAAGGACGUGAGAACAAAGGAGAAGGAACUUCAAGCAAAAGAGGCUGAAUUGAGAAAGAGGGAACAGGAAAUAAAAAGGAGGGAGGAUGCUGUAGCAAGAGCUGGAAUUGUUAUAGAAGAGAAAAAUUGGCCACCAUUCUUUCCAAUUAUUCAUCAUGACAUUGCAAAUGAAAUCCCAAUCCAUCUACAGAAGAUGCAGUAUGUUGCAUUUACAACUUUUUUGGGUUUGGUAUUGUGUCUUCUAUGGAAUGUUGUGGCAGUUACCACUGCUUGGAUCAAAGGGGAAGGUCCAACUAUUUGGUUGCUUUCUGUUAUCUACUUCAUAGCAGGGGUUCCGGGAGGCUACGUGUUGUGGUAUCGUCCUCUUUAUCGUGCUAUGAGGACUGAUAGUGCUCUGAGGUUUGGGUUGUUUUUCUUGUGUUACCUGCUUCACAUUGGCUUCUGCAUCUUUGCUUCAGUUGCUCCUCCUAUUAUUUUUAAGGGGAAAUCUCUCACAGGAAUCUUGCCUGCAAUAGAUGUUUUAGGUGAUCAUGCUCUGGUUGGGAUCUUCUACUUUAUUGGAUUUGGAUUAUUCUGCGUCGAGUCACUCCUCAGCAUAUGGGUUCUCCAGCAAGUUUACAUGUACUUCCGAGGUAGUGGCAAAGCUGCACAGAUUAAGAGUGAGGCCAGAAGACAGACUAUGAUGGCAGCACUAUGACAUGGCACCACAAAUUCUUUGGUUGGAAAAUGCUAAGAAACUGAGUUUUGUUUUUAAUUUCUCUCACAUCUCACACUGCUUGGUCUGAUUUUAAGAUUUCUGGUGUAAUUUCUUAAAUAGUACAUGUAUAUUAAACACGUUGGUUUUGCAGUGAUAGGGGCUUUUGGUUCUUUUGACGCCAAUCUUUAUAAUUGUUUUUCCAGAUUCUUAUUGAAAGUGGUGUUUUAUUUUCA